GAGUCCCUCAACCAGAUUUACGGGUUCCGGACCUGUGCGCGAGAGACGGCGACCACAGCCGCCGAUUCACCUGCACUCCGAAAGGAGGGACGCGGAUCCAGCAGCCAGCCGGCAUCCGAGCUGGACGCUGUGGAGGAACUACGGCUGACGGAGACCGGACAGGAGGAGGUUUUAAAACCUUGCUCUGGAAAACAAUACCAGCUGAGAUGAAAGACACCUCCGAGCUUUUCCACUUCUGACCGCCUGUCACCUCAACACGUCUCGGAGACAGGACUCUUCGGCCGAGGCUUGACGAUCAACAGCACUCCGCUCGCAGCUCUUCAACUUACACCUGGAGGAAUUUCCAGACUUCACCGCAGCGAACCGGCCACAAUGUACCGCUCCACCAAAGGCGCAUCCAAGGCUCGACGGGACCAGAUCAACGCCGAGAUCCGGAACCUGAAGGACUUGUUGCCCAUAUCCGAUGCAGAUAAAGCGCGGCUCUCGUACCUGCACAUCAUGUCCCUGGCUUGCAUGUACACCAGGAAAUCCGUCUUUUUCACUCAAGAAGCGGGGACUGCUGAGGAGGGCGCAGAGUUUCUGUCGUUUCACGAACUGUCGGAGUUGGUGCAGGAGCUGCCGGGCUUCCUGAUGCUGCUGACCGGGGAGGGGAAGCUCCUGUACCUGUCAGACAGCGUCUCCGAGCACCUCGGACACUCUAUGGUGGAUCUUGUCGCACAGGGAGACAGCGUGUAUGAUAUCAUCGACGCCUCAGAUCACUUCAUCAUGAGGACCAACCUGUCAACCUCCACAUCGCUCGAGAUGGAUCGUCUUUUUCGCUGUCGUUUCAACACCUCCAAGUCGGUGCGCAGGCAGAGUGCCGGGAACAAACUGGUUCUGAUCCGAGCCCGCUGCCUCUCCCCUCCCUCCACUUCUGCAGCCGCCGGGUCUUACUGGACCUCCAACCCCGUGUGGGUGUGUUUCUGCUCUCCUCUGGAGCCCCACCCGACCCGCUCCAGCCCCGGGACAGAGCGGGAGUCCACCUCCACCCCAUCUCUGACCGAGACCAACUUGUUCCUGGCCUGCUUCCACUCUCAGCACGGCCGGGACAUGAGGCUGCAGACAGCACAGGACAGUGUGAGCGCCUAUCUGGGCUUUGAUGUGACAGCUUUACGCUCUCGCUCCUGGUACAGCCUCCUCCACCCACAGGAUCUGUCACAUGCCUCUGCUCAGCAUCGUAGCCUAUUGAGAGAGGGAGGAGAGGGCAGAGCUGAGAUGGUGGUGCGUGUGCAGGCUGAGGACCAGUCGUGGGUCUGGCUUUACAUGGUGCUUCAGCUGCAGCCUGGAGAAAUCCCGAUCAGCAGCAACAACUACAUCAUCAGUGAUUCUGAGGCCUGGUCAGUGCGUCAACAACUGAGCUCAGAGCAGACCCAGCUGACCCUUGUUCUGAAUACAGGCACCUCCCAGCAGGAGGGUCUGAGCCUCCAGUCCCCAGAUACUCUGUCCAGCCCCGACCAGGUCUUCACCCCAGGCAGCAGCGGCUUGUCAGCCCAGUCCUUUGACUUCAGCACUGCCGGCUGCAGCGUCGGCUCCUCCGACGAACCAGGAAGCUCCACCACCGAGCCCAUGCAGCUGGAGGGUGACCCCCGCUCCAGCAUUUCAUCUCUAGAAGAGGAAAGCUUCUUUCAGCAACACCCCACUGAAACUCCCUCAGCUGCCUCCUCCCCCACUCCAGUCACUGUUGAAACAGUAGCAGACUUAGACUUUUUAACCCAGAACAUCCUCCUGCCGCCCUCCUUCCAGCUCGAUCCUCCGCUGCCAGCUCUGCCCCUGCCUCUCCCCCCUGUGCCCACUUCACAAGCUCAGCAGACCAAAGAGUUUGUGUGUACUCCCCCGUAUACUCCCCAGAUUGGCGGUGCCAGCUUCCCAUUCGGUGAGCCGCUCUUCAGCUUCGACCCGACCGGUACCACAACUCCUCCACCCUCCGCAACAACUGCCACAGCCACCACCUCAUUGGCCCCCUCAGCACCCUCCACAGCCCCACCAACUACCGCCUCGAGCCCCGCUCCUCCCACCACCCUCUCCACUAAGCUCCCGAUUGCACUUCCUGACCUCCUCUUCCCUGUCGAGCCCUGCAGUGGCUCCCUGUACGAGAAACUGCCCCCUACACCCGACAGCCCUGGAGACGGGGACUGCACAGUGAUGACCCUGCCUGAGGUACGGGGUCCCCUGUACGUAGAUGUGCCACUCGGGCCCCUCCAGUAUCCCCCUGAAGGCCUCCUCACACCAGAGGCAUCACCUGGCAAACAGCCCUGCCUUUCGUUCUUUUCCCUCGAGAGGGAGAAAGAAAUGGCAGAAAUAUCCCUCUUGGCUCAACAUAUUAGCUCACUGGCAGAGGGAUUCUACCUUGAUCCACUCUUGUCCAAAUUCUCCCCUCCCUCCAUCUCACCCUCCCCUUCCCCUCCCUCACCCUUCAUGUCUCCAGCCAUAGAAACUGCUGAUUCAGUCCACGUGCUGAGGGAGUUUUAUCCCAUCAAGGCAUGGAGAGGUCUGGACAUUCCGAUUUUCCUCGACGAUGAUGAUUCUCUGUUUGAAGAGAGCAUCCUAGAAACCCUUCUCCAAGACGACCUUGCUCCUUCACAGUCGCCUGGCCUCUCAUCCCCCUCACCCUCACCUACGCCCAAUCCCACCAGUCCAGCCUCUCCUCUAACCCCGGUGUGCUGGCGCCAACCCUCCCAGUUUGAGGGAGUGGGCCACGUCUGUAGCGUCCAAUCGGCGCAAUGUAACUCCAUGGCAGGGUGCGGGGCGACUGUGGCUACUGAGGCCGGGGUAAAGGCGGAAGGGGAGGGGCUGGCAGAGGAAGCAAUGGAGAUCGAGGUGGUGUCAUCUCCUGUGUCCUCCUGUUCCUCCAUCCCGGCCUCCCCUCCCCUCAUUCUCACUGCCUCCCCAAGCCCCGCCACCUCCACGCCAAUCGCCUCGCCCACGCCCGCCGUGUCUUGCACUCAGUCCCUCCUGGAGGAACUGGCCGUCCUGGAACCCAUGUUUGGGGCAGGUGCCUCGAUCGCCCCUGGCUUAGGGCAACAACCUGAGUUGUAUCAACUCCAAUGUCAUCCAUCGCCACAGUGCUUCCACAAAGAUGGGAGUGGAAGUGUUCCUCCGUUCUAAAAUAAGUCUGUGACUUACUUCAUUAAGUAUGGCAUAUUGUCAUAUUUUGUGGAGCCCCUUUUACUGAAAAGUAAAAAAUAAUUAAGUGUAUAAAUAUACAUAAUGUAUAUACAACUUAAGGACUUUAACUCCUACGUGUCUCCUCAGAACAAAGAUUGGCUUUAUAUUUUUGUUCAGUCAUCAAUCUGUAUACUACUACAAAACUGGUGCAACAUUUACAUGAUGGUGCAACUGCAUGGACCCACAACUGACUGGGUUCUGAGUCCAUGUGGUGUCUCUCAGCUUUUCUGUUACAUGAGCUUCAGAUAUGAUCAGACAGAGAAACCUCUCUGAACUUCUAAGCGCUCUUUAACUUCCAGACGCGCAUUUGUAUUCACUCGUAGUGAAAAAUCUGUUGUGAACAAAAAAAUGACAUUCCUUGCUAUUUCAAUAUAGGGAGAUGAAUUAUAGCACUUUUUGCCUGACAUGCAGCAACGCAAACGCAAACCUCAAAUGUAUUGGGAGUCAAAUGUUUACAAUUUUUUUUCCAUCCUUAGGAUGAGCACUAUCAGUACAUCAAAAGGAGAUUUCUCAUCUGAAAUCUUCUGUCCAGUUCUCAGAGCUGUCAACAGCUCUGGAUUGAAAGCACUAACCUCUGGGCCUUCAAGGCUACAUCAAAACCUACAGACAGUAUUCAACUAAACCUGAGAUACUUUGAGCUUUGAGUUUGCGACUUCAGACCUUUAACAUUUCAUAUUUAUCUCUCCAUUUGAAAUCUUUGUGUAUCAAUGUGAUGUGCAAUCAAAAAAAAAAAAAGACAACAUGUGAGGAGAACCCGGCACGAGAAGCUCACAAGAAUGUCGACGGUGUCCAUUAAUGCGACGCCAAA